AUGAACAUAAUUGAUGGAAAUCAUCGAUAUGAGGACAAAGCAAAAGCGUAUUAUAUGUUCUCGCCACAACCGGAAGUAGAGAUGUACCCCAAUGUAAGCUUCUUUCAGCUAAACCUUCAAUUUUGUCAUCAUUUUUCAUGGUUUAAUCGAACUUUCUAUUUUGAUCGCAAUUUUCAGACAGUUGAAACCGAAAUCUACGUGUUCACAGAGUCUCUGAAGUUCGUAAAUGCCGCCACAAUGAAGCGUUCGCUGUCGAUUACGGUUCAUAACGCCAUUGAAGAUGUUCUCACCACCUUGGGAUUCAAACAAAACAAGAUUCUGCUUCGAACGGCGUGGAAAGAAGGCGAACUCAGUGAAUUCUUCGCAGGUGAAGACAUCGAAACUCGAACUGUAGUGUUGAUCAUUGACACCAGGAUGGUAAGCGAGGUUUUGCUUGUAAACAAGGUGACUCAUCAGAGGCUAACAAUGCUAUUUACCAAGAAUUCGACGUAUUUAAAGCUUUCAAAAGUCUCCAAAUCUUCUUACAGGUCUUGAACAGGCCUCAUGAAUAUUCCAAAGAUUGUUGGGACAAACUUUGCUAACGACCUUUACCCGGAAUUUUCAGGACCAUCUGGAGACGACGACCAGUUCCUACCGAACCCUGUCCCCUUCCCUUGCCUCCGUCACCCUUUCCGGCCUUUUGUCCCCGAAUGGGGUGCCCGGUGAGACGAUUCAGCACCUCCAAAACGGCGACUUCAACGCCAUCGGCCAAGACGAGUGGAAUCAAUGUAAAAAAAUUAUUGCCAGCGUAUUACAAAACGAGUUUAUUGGGUGAGCAACGUUUUUUUUAACAUACUGUCUACAGCAAAUUGCUAAAAAAAUUCAGUCGCUAUAGAAGUAUUGUAGUACGGAGGUUCGUAUUGGCCUAAAGUUGCCUCGGGAAACCUCGUAAAUCGUUCGGCAAAGAAAGAUUUUUUUUCGUUGUGGAGAAGUUCCACUGUUGGAGCUUCUCUACAACGAAGACUGCCCGUAACGAACGAUUUCAGAGGCAUCAAUAGGCAACUUAAGGCCAAAACAAACAUCCCCAAAAACCUCUUCUCUUACAAAUAAAUUUUUGUUUUGGUUCUUUGCGAUUUCCUGUGUAGAGGUACUAGUACUUAGCUUUAGAGUCCAUGUACAUUAUUUUCCCCCUAAUCUCCCCAAUUUCAGACGACCGGUAUUUGCUGAGGAUGUAUCUCUAUUUUUAAGUCACUUAUUCAACUCAUGUACAAAGGUAAGUCUCCCAUUGCAAGCUCGCCACGUCGCACUCUCUUCUAGAAGUAAAUCCCAUCUUCUUUUCAGUUAGAAGACGGCGUGAUCUCGGAGAUCGUGCAAGCCGCCGAAUGCGCACACGAAGAGCAGAAGAAGCAGCGCUUCGCCGUCCUCGACGAAUUCAUCCAGCAGAAUCGGCGAGAGCAACAAAUGCGCCGAGAUCAAAUGAAACAACAGCAACAACAACAAAACUAUGUAAGAAACCUUUAGAAAAACGUCAAUAUUUCCCCUGAAACAGCUCCCUUUCUCCUCAAAAAUACCAUUUCCCCGCUAGAACAAUCGCAUUUUACCCCGCCAUAAUCUUGUCGAGAAGCCAGCUGCUUCUCUCAUUUACUUUUUCCCCGGUUUUUUACAUGGUUUCGCGGCGCUUACCGCACAAAACAAACUCCUCCCACAAUAUUCAAAAAAGGUCAUAAAAAAUUUUUAAUGGUAUUUUUUGAAUUUUUUCAUACUUGUUCAGUCCAGUCUUUUAUUCAGCGGCGAGCAUGUAAUUUCUCAUUUCUCUCGGUUUUGACCCGGGGGUUUUUUGCCUUUUCCUCGAGGACGGAGGUGUUUUUUACUUUAUUGUGAGGUUUCGGGCUUUGUAGCCGUAUUAUGCGAGGUUUAGGAUGUAAAAACUAGACAUAUGUGUCCUCACAAAUUUAUUUUACCAUACAGAAUGGCUUGUUAUGGUAUUUCUCGAUCAGAAUAGCAUUAUUUUAGCGCCGCAUAAAUUCCUGUUCAGUCUAAAUGUCAUCAUAGCACUGUAUACAGAUAAAAUCUGUCUGCUGAUUUCGUUUUUACCCCCAGUUCAUCUAAAUACGCAUAGAUGAGAUAAAAACUACUCAAAUAUGUUUUCCUCUCGGGACUUUAUCGUUGAUUCAAUCUUAACUCUCACCCUCGACUAAUCGAACCUGUACUACCGGUUUUGCAUACCUUACUCGACCAAAAAGCGUAUUUUACGCUCCUUUUAACGGACAUGAGAACUCAACUAUAGUAAGCCGAAUCAAAUCCGUUAAUUCCAUCGUGUGUCAAGCACUGUUUUCGAACCUUGCUCUCCCCGCCCGAGAGGCUUGGCAGUCCAUCUCGGUCGUUCUCCCGGAACUUUCUCCUCGUUUCGCCCCGUCCAAUUGACAGCGGAUUCGAAACUCCGGCGGACAGUUGCCCCCCGAUGGCCCGGACCAUGGCCCCCGAGGCGUGUGUGGAAAGUGGUCAGGGAGAAAAGGACGGGGGAGAAAAAGCGGACGGGUCAGGCGCCUUUGCGUGCUCCGUUUCCCCCGACCACCCGUCUCACUUGCCUUCCGACCAAAGAGUUUGCUCUUUAUUUUCUACUUUUUUUAACGCAAUUCCCCCCUAACACCAUUCAAAUAAAAAGCGUAUUAAAAAUUGCCUAAUUUACUACAUGAAAAAAGGAGGGAGGAGCGACAGAGUUGCAAAAAGAGAGGUGCUAAAACAAACAAAAAAAAAGCGAAGAUUGAUAUUUUGAGCUACCGUAUCCAUGAUGACUAUUCCAUGCCUCUAAAAAUCAUCUUUCUGCCGUAUUCUCUAAAUCUACCGCCGGUACAAGAGGCCUGACAAUGUAUUUCACAUCAUCGUUUCAGAACAUCCCAGUUCCAAUCCCGGCAUUAAAUGUUCCUUCGACUUCGGCGCCACCUCCACCAAUUGUUGUACCUCAUCAGGAGCCGGUGAAUUCACGAAAACGAUCGCAUUGGGAUGCGGAAUACCCUAAUUUCCCCAAAUCUGAGACCCCCGUGUCUUCGACGAAAGGGGAAAGGAAGAAGAAACAGAGCUUCAUCAACCUCAGCGAUGCGGAAAAGGAACGGCUAAAAGUGAGUAAUCUACCCUUUUCACUAAAUAACGGAAGCCGGAGAAGAAUUCGACCUCAAAUUUUCGAUGCUUUCUGCAAAGCGCGAUUUUGUAAAUUUCAUACAAGGUUAUCCACUAAAUUUGAGCCCAAUUGUAUCAAACUCUAAGCGUUGCAACUCGAAUAGCCCUAGAAGAGUAAAAAAAUUACCCAAAGAAAAACCACAUUAUACCGAAGCUUACAAAUACCUCCAGAUCAAUCGAUUACUUGCAGUAUGUUAACCAGCUGACAUUGUUUGUGAUGAAUGAGAAAACUGAGACGAUUUGUGGCGGAACAACUUUCGAUGGACCGAUUAACGCCAUGCAAGAUGUCAUCUUCAGGACGGUACCCACAUUGGACCGUGUUAUAUUCAUCGAAUAUAUCACACAGGAUGGGAGGAUCGCCACUGCCAAAUUAGAGGAUCCACCUCCGUCAAGCCGGGUUUUUGUCACCGUCGACACUUCAAGCGUAAGUUGAAUUUUAAGACGUAGGAAAUGACUAAACCAUAGGGUUAAAAUGUUGCCACAGGCAAUUGGACCACAAAAUGGGGUCUGAAAACCAUUUUCACCACAAAAAUCGUUUGAUUUUUGGAUGAAAUCAAGUUUUUCGCCUACUACAAUAUACGAAGUCUCUGAAAACCACUAAUUUUCUCUAUUUUUUCAGCAGAACAUUGCUCCAGAAGGCGAAUUCAACGAGAUCCCGCCAGAACUCGCCAACUAUCAGCUCACACAACUCAUCGGAUCAGUCCCGGAAGCCCCACAAAUCUUCGAAAAAUUCCGAUUAGGCCAACAACUUGAGAAGGAAGAAAUGAAAAAGAUCAAACCACUGAUCGCUCAGCCCCUCCAGCGUUACGUCUCGAGGUAAGUGGGGAAUUCAACUUUCGAUUUUCUUGUCUUUAGACGAGCGGCAACGCAGAAAGAACGACAACUUUGGCUGAAGCAUCUGUUCACCUACUUCCCACUAUGGGACCAGCUGAUCAGCCGGUCGAGUCCACACCGCUCCGAGUUCGAUGCCGCCAUCUUCAACAAUUUCUACAACUUCCAAGCCAAACGACAUCGAGUCAUCCGCAAGGUGCUCAACGUUCGGACCAGCUUCGAGUGA